AUGAUGUUUUUUUUUUUUUUUUUUCCUUGAUUAGAUUUGGGGUUUUGUAGGAAGACAUUCACGAAUUGCAUCUUGGAUCCGUUAGUGAGCUUUCUAGUUUCCUUAUUACAUCUUGGAUGAGAAAAUAUGAUCUUCACGACAAAGAUGUUGGGAUUUAUGAAAGUGUCUUAUUAGGGUCAUUGAACCCUAAUAAGAUGUUGGGAUUUGUCCCUGUCUAACACACUAGAUAAGUGUUGGUCAACCUAUGCCAUCUUAUUGCAUCGUUUCAUACAGGGUUGGACGGUAAAGUGGUGAUAUGGGAUUUGUUUCAGCACUUCAGGAGUUUGUUCUUUUGAACCGUUCUCUUUCUACGAUUUUGAUGUCAGGGGUUCUUUGGAAAGUUGGAGCUAAAGUAGAUGAUGAUAGGAUUAAGUUGUGGCUUCUGGUGGUGGUGGCUUCAAAAUCGAAGAGGCCAUACUUUGAAGUGCAGCCAUUAUGUUCCGUCAACUUUCCCGGAAAGCAUUCCCCUACCAUGUGUCAUUUACUGCCAUGGAAAUAGUUAUUCUGCUUUUGAAGUUCUCCCACAUGCUCUAACAUUGAUGACUGAUGUGUUCGGCAAUUAUGUUAUUCAAAAGUUUUUUGAGCAUGGAAGCCCUGAGCAGAGAAAAGAACUAGCAAAUCAGCUUGCUGGCCACAUUCUACCUUUGAGCCUUCAGAUGUAUGCGUGCCUGGUAAUUCAAAAGGUGUUAUUAUGGGUCAUUUGUUGGGUGGGGCUUGGCAUGUACUGUUUUCUUCUUUAUUCAGACAAAUAGUUCUUGGCAGCCAGCUUUUGGACUGUGCUAUAUACGAAACAUUGAUCAAUGCACACACUGUAUACUAGACAACUCAAUAUUUAUGAGGAUACCAACGGCUAAUCCAGAUUCAAUUUGAUCAAUGUACACA